AUGGCCGCAAACCCUGCCGUGACCACGUUGCCUGGAGAAAGCCCCAUUUCCAGCGGCCACGCCAGUGAAGCCAGCGCCUCUUUUCUGGCAGAAGUAGCAACAGCUAGUUUGGCGUCAGCAGUGAAUGGGGACAAUGUAAAUUCUGUCCCUGAAACAGCGUCUUCCCCACUAGAGCCAGUAGCCAGUGGCGGUGAAGCAGCCGAGAUCCCUACAGAAGAAGCAGAAACUUCAGCGAGCGUGACCAACUCUUCGCACGCCUCUCUGGAAAACAGGACAGUUGCCACAACUCCGGCAGGAGAAGCGGUCGCCACGUUGGCCUUGUUCUACUCCAGCCCAACAGACCCUCACCCGACCCGCUUCUCACAUUCCGAGCUGGAGGUAACGGGAUCCGCUCCUGCCCCUGCGAGGGAGACGUCUGCAGGCAGCGAGGGAACGUCUGCGUCCAUCUUUGUAGUGCCUGGGGACCCAGCCUCUGUCCCCGCCAUCUCAGACUCACCGGGAGGCCCCAGCACCGUGGGUUCUGCUCCUCCAUCUUCAACUGGCGAGAGAGUUACCGUCCCCCCUGUAGCUACGGAAGGAAGAGGGGACGCAGCUGGUUCCGCGUCCGCAGCCAACGAGGAAACCACCACCUCUAAUCCCGAUGCCCAGCACGCAGAGGCGAGUCCAGCAGGUGGGGCAGAGCUGCCCCCAGGAGAAAGAGACGCUUGGGCCAAUGCUGAGACCUCCCCAUAUUCAUCCUUAGGGGAUGAGAGAGUCACAGGAAUACACACGCUGUCUGGGGAAACAACCCCAGCUGCCUUUGCUUCUCCCGGCGAAACCGCUGCUGGGCCCUCAGCUUCAGAGACUGCACGGCCAGGACCUUCAUUGCCUAGUGCCCCGGUGCCUUCCCCCUCCUCUCCUGAGAGGCCGACAGUAACUGGGCCCGCUGGGCUUGCGAAAGAAGCAGCCGUCUCUGCCGGUGACUCAGGAGUGCCCGCAGCAUUCCCAGCACUGGAGGCAGUGACCGGGCAAUCGCUAACGACGCUACGCCUGGCCACCUCUCGCACUCCCGCUGCCACGGGAUCCCACUCCCCUUCCCUCCAGUCGGAGAAGGGGAAAACACCCCCAGCACCGGGGGCAAACCCGGGUUCGGCUGGCGUGUCCCACGUGCCAGCUGCCACCACUCCAGCACCCUCCAGAGGACGGUUCCCCCUCGUGGGAACAACAGCCCUUCGGUCCGAUACCAGAGCAGGGUUUGUCCAGGAGAGACCAGCGUCUGUUUCAGCUGGGACCAGAGAGGCCACUACAAGUGGUACAAGACAGUCAGCAACAGUUGCAGCCGUGCCACUGUAUCCAUAUGGAGCAAAGGAAAGCGACAAGCAAUACGUGGAGAGAAGAGUGGAUUUUAACUCCCGUGUCUUCAAACCCGAGAUUGGGUUCCCGUUUGGGAAAACGCUGCGCGAUUCUCUAUACUUUACAGACAACGGACAAAUCAUUUUUCCAGCCUCGGACAGUGACAUGUUCCCAUCUCCAAACCCACCUCCCGGAGGAUUUACCGGCCGUGAGAAAGUUCCAGUGGUUGCUGUGUUUUGGGCUAACGCGGAUUUCUCCAAGGGCGUUGGCAGCACGUUUUACCAGGAGUUCGUUACUCUGGAUUCUGCCAAACACCCCUUUGUCCGAGAAGUGGAGACCAAGAUUCGGCGAUACCUGAAGACUUCGUACUCUGCAAAAUGGACCCUUAAGAUCACGUGGGAGAAGGCCCCGGCCUAUCCAGCAUGGCAGCCCGUCACUCGGACAAACACGUACCAGGCUGUCCUCACCACGGAUGGAAUCAAGUCCUAUGUCCUCAUCCUUUACCAAGAUGGCGGCAUGCAGUGGGAUUACACCAAGCUGGGUUUGACCAGCGUGCUGAUGGGCUACUCCAGCGGGGAUGGAUUUUACCGAAAUGACGAUCAGACCCGAAGGCCCCCAGCCGCCAAAUAUCGCCCCGACCAGUUCAGAGGCUACAACACAGAUCUGCGCGGGCUGUGGAUAUACAGUCUAGCCAGUCACGUGCGUGUGAACUACAGACUGAGGUGUCUGGCCUGGCUUAGCACGCAGCAAGAUCCCACCGGCUGGAACAAGGAUCUGCCGUCCUGCCCUUGCUCUCUGCGACACGGAGCGUUGGAUCGGCACUACCGACGGAGCAGAGGAGGUUUGGCGGACGCCCGUGUGACGAUGCUGUAUCCAGCCUCCCCAAACCAAUACGGCGCCGGGGUCCGGUGUCUCUACAACAGCCAGAACGAGCUCGUCGACGGGCGGCAGGAGAGAUCCUGGAAGGACUCGCGCCAAGCGUCCCCUGACCGCGAUGCAGAGUUAAAGUUACACGACUGGUGCUGCCGGCAGGCGGGGAGCCCCCAGCUCUGUGCUAAGUACAGUCAGAAGAGACCAAAGAUCAGCUGUGCUGGACACAGGCUGCCAAACCAAACAACGUCCUCAGAAGAGGCAGCGAGCGACUCCGAGGAGGGAAGAGAUUGAGAAUCCAUCUGCUCCAGGCCUUUGCUAUUCUCCACGGCCAGCCUCACUCCUCUAACGCUUUGCUAAGUGGGACCAG